CAAGAUCGCCUCUCUCCAGCACUUUUGAAAAGUAUAUUACAGCAAUUACUCCUCAUCAGGUAACUCAAUUGACCGUCACAAGUUAUUCAGUAGACGCCGAAGAUUGCACGUCCUCCAUAAUGUCUACUGUCACUGAAACCGUUACCCUGCCCGCCCAUCUUGCCAACAAGACCGAAUUGGUUGGACACCCCCCCACUGUUAAUAGCAAGGAAGCGGGUGAUCGUGCUCUCUUGGACGAAUUUGCUGGGAAAUGGGAUAGUUUUAAGUUUGGUCCCAUUCGUGAGAGCCAGGUCUCUCGUGCCAUGACCAGGCGAUACUUCAAGGACCUGGACACUUACGCUGAGAGUGACAUCGUCAUUGUCGGCGCCGGUUCCUGCGGCCUUAGCACUGCCUAUGUCCUCGCCAAGGCGCGUCCUGACCUGAAAAUUGCCAUCAUUGAAGCUGCCGUCUCUCCUGGCGGUGGUGCAUGGCUCGGCGGUCAGCUCUUCUCCGCCAUGGUCCUCCGCAAACCUGCGGACAAAUUCCUCGACGAAAUCGGCGUCCCUUACGAAGAGGAGCCUUCCAACCCGCAUGUUGUCGUGAUCAAACACGCCUCGCUCUUCACCUCCACCUUGCUCUCUAAGGUUCUUGCAUUCCCCAACAUCAAGCUCUUCAACGCCACCUGCGUUGAGGACCUUAUCACCCGCCCAGAACCGGCCGGUGGCCUGCGCAUCGCCGGUGUGGUGACCAACUGGACCCUCGUGGCUGAACACCAUGACGAUCACUCCUGCAUGGACCCCAACACCAUCAAUACACCUCUCGUCAUCAGCACCACCGGCCACGAUGGUCCUUUUGGCGCCUUCUGUGCCAAGCGUCUCGUCUCGAUGAACGCCAUCGAGAAAUUGGGCGGUAUGCGUGGCUUGGAUAUGAACUCUGCUGAAGAGGCUAUUGUCAAGAAUACCCGUGAAGUCACCAAGGGUUUGAUCAUCGGUGGAAUGGAACUUAGUGAGAUUGACGGAUGGCACCGCAUGGGCCCUAUCUUCUCUGCCAUGAUGCUCAGCGGCGUUAAGGCUGCAGAGGUUGCUCUGGAGGUCUUUGAGCAGCGCAAGAAAGAAUGUGCGGCUUAAAGUAUCUCUGGACACCACGCGGCUUUGCUACCAUGGGUGCAUAUAGUCUUUGUUGCCUCAGACUUAGUUGACAAAACCGAAAGAUCUAUUACUAUCAUGUG